GGCCAUGAGUGGGGGGCAUAUUUGGUGUCCUAUCGCCGGUACAUAGACGACAUAUUUUUUAUUUGGACAGGUAACCAUGAUCAACUGAAUGAUUUUAUUACGUAUUUAAAUUCAAAUGAUUGGGGGAUUCAUUUAACAAGCUGCAUUAGUGAAGUGAAAAUAAACUUUUUGGAUUUGUAUAUAUAUAUAGAGGAUGAUAAGAUCAAUACAAAAAUUUUUUUUAAACCAGUGGAUGCCAACGGGUAUAUAGAAAGAAAUAGUUGCCAUCACAACCCGUGGCUAGAGAACGCGCCGAGAGGCCAAUUCCUACGGAUUCGAAGGAAUUGUAAAAAAGAAUCCGAUUAUAUAGAACAAACCGAGUAUAUUAAACAACAAUUUAUAGAAAAGGGAUAUAACAAAGAAAUUUUAGAGAAAAAUAUUAAAGAAGUAAAAGAAAUACCAAGAAAGGAGCUUAUAAAAUAUAAACCUAAAAAAGAGCAAGGAAAUAGUAACAAUAUACCCUUCAUUUGCAACUAUAAUGGACGGAAUAAACAAAUAAGGAAAAUAAUUAAAAAACACUGGCAUUUGUUACAAGAUGAUCCUAUUCUCAAUAAGGUUUUACAGCCGGAACCCAAAAUCAUCUAUAGAGGCGCAAAGAAUUUUAAGAACAUUUUAGUUAAGAGUUGCCUUAGCCCUAAAAAACCUAGUCAUUUUUUAGAGGGUUUAAAAGGUUUUUACGGAUGUGGGACUUGUCUACCCUGUAGAACAACUAACAGCAAAAAAAGACAUUUGAAAGACAUAGGACACGUUGUAAAAAAACCCUACUGUAUAAAGGACCAUCUAACCUGUCACACAAAGGGAAUUAUAUAUAUUUUGAAGUGCCCAUGCAACCUAUUAUAUAUAGGCAGAACAAUUAGACCACUGAAAGUAAGAAUUGCGGAACACAUCAGGAACAUCAGAAAUGGGCUGGAGACACAUAGUGUUCCGCUCCAUUUUAAAGAAGUGCACGAUCAAAAUCCAAGCAAUUUAUUCUUUUGUGCCAUUAAAGAGGUCAAGAGAGACUGGAGGGGAGGAGAUUAUAUUCGAAAAUUAGGAAAAGAAGAAAUGAAGUGUAUCUUCGAAUUCAAUUCCCUAGCCCCGCAUGGUCUUAAUACUGAUUUUGAGAUAUGUCAUUUUUAGCGGAACUUUUUUAAUAUUUUCAAUUUUAAAAAAAAUUUUUAAAAAAUUUUUUUUAAACAAAUUCUUUAUUUUUUUUUUUUAUUUUAUUUUUUUUUUAUUUUUAUUUUUUUUAGCUAUGACAACAUGAGUGAUUGUAUUUUAUUUUAUUUUAUUAUACCUAUAUGCCAUAACAUAGAGGUUUACAUUUAAGAAUUCUGCCGUAUUUUAGCUGAAACAUUGUCCUUUUAGAGAGAUGAGGAGUCUGAUGCACAUUUAGACAUUACCUCUAUAAGCAGUGGUGUGUAUGUAAAUAUAUUCCUCCUUUUUUAUGCAUAUAUAUUUUUCUCUAUAUUUAUAUAUAUAUAUAUUUUGUAUUUUGUAUUAGCACUUCUUCUUCUUAUAUUAUCAAUAGAAAUUACAUUCCUUUUUUAUUGUUUUAUACAUUGAGUUUUGUGUACAUCAUAUGCUUUUACAUAAUAAUUAGCCAUAAAACCAACUAAAGAAUUAAACAGCAAACAACAUGUGAAAAAUGUUCUAAACAAAAGACUUUGGGGGAAUCCUGUAUUGCAUUCCAAUUGUGGAACGCAAAAGCCGGAUGAAAAGAGAUCGGCACUUCAUAAGAAAGCUACACAUGGCGGCUGUGCGUUCCAAGGGUGGAACGCAAGGACCGGAAACCGGAAGUCCGGCGAACCGGAAAUGAAGAGAGAGAGGAAAAAAAGCGGCAGUAAAUGGCUUUUAAAAAUGAAGAGUCAUCUAUGAAGAUUUACAGCAACUGAGGAAGCCCCAUGAAGGGGCGAAACGCGUUUUGCUACUAAGACUAUUCAACAGAGCUUGUAAGGUCUUUUAAUAUUCUUUUUAUUUUGUUUAUAUUAAUAAAUGUAAUUUUAUUAUAUUUUGCCUGUGAGCCUGUGAUUACCCUGCAUAAGGAACCGGAAGCACAGAGGAGGGAGUGGGACCCUUUACAUCCCAUAAAGUGAACAACUUGAGCCCAAUCUUUAGUGGCUCCACCUUUGUGAGUGUGCAUUUAUAAAGACUUGAUUGGACUUACAAAAAUAAGAGUACUAGCAAUAUUGCACUAUCUUUUUGCUAUUUUACUUUCUCUAGAGCAUACCAUAAGAAAUGUACCUAUGCAAAGGACUACUAAGAAAGUGCAUGUAAGAUACUCCGCCUUACAUUUUGUGGUGUACGUUCUCCCUCUUAUCUAUUAUAAAAUCACAGAGCAGAGGUACCAUUAUAUAUAUUAUAAUCAAAGCUGAUAUUGCAGGGGAAUUUUUUAUAGCGCAGGUACUAAGCCAAAUUGUAGUGUUACAGACAAAUCUAACUAGUACCAGUACUAAAAAGGAGUACUACCUUCCCAACUAUGCCAUUACAGUAACCUCUAGGUAUACAGCCAACAUACUGCACAGCACUUUACAAUUACAAUCAGCGGUGAAGAAAGUCCUGCUCAAACCUGAGAAUUUGAGGUAGUCAGAUUUAUAUAUCAUUAGGUGUGUCUUACACAGGGACAUGUACAGGUCUGAUCUGACCAGGAUUCAAACCUUUUUUCCCGAUUCUCUGGCAGUGAUGUUACCACUGCUCUAAGUACUGCUCUAACAAUAAACCACAAUACUUGUUUUUGUAAAAUGGAGACCAUCAGAGAAGUAUUUUUUUUGUUUUGCCCCGCUAACACACAAGCGUUUGAAGGAGUUUCUAUUAAGAGACUUGAACACACAUAGGAAUAAUCAAUAAAGCAGGAAUUUUGAAGAAUUGACAAUAAUUGCACAUGUUAAGCCAAAACAACAGAAAUGAAAACAAAUUUAGCUAUUGUUCCAGCUCAGCUAUUUUGGCAUAAAAUUAUUUAUUAUUGGGUUUUUUUUCAAAAAUUUUAAUUCAUCUUUGUUGUUCUCAUCUUUAAUAUCAAUUAAAUACAUUUUACAAGCUGUAUCAGUAGUAAUGAAAAUAAUGAAGGGUGACAGGGCACCUCCAAAAUAUGUCCGGGGGGCAUACGUGGUUAUGGUGCUUAAAAUACUUCCUUUAAAUAUUUAUAAAAAGUGACUUCCUGAAUUGCAUUGCAGAAAAGCAAAGCGAUGAAAUUAUUUUCUUCAGGACUGUUAUUAAUCUGUGCAAAGUAUAUGUCUGCAGAUUAUUAUUAUUAUCUUCCAUCUAUAAAUUGCCUCCAUUACAGACGUCAUCAUGAUGCCAACGGUACAUUGUAUUUACGAGUAUGUGAAUGCCGGUUCUGCAUCGGGAUAUCAAUAGAACGUCUGCAUUAUCUGCUCGCAGGUCAUGCAUUGCAGAUUCUGGCCUUACAAUUUCUGUGUGGCGUUAAAGCUCUCAUCUCGUUAUUCAACAUGUGCGGAACAUCUUUAUUGAUUGCCAGUAAAAAUAUAUCAAUCCAAGUCUGUCAUUUCAUUGAGCAGAUUCAAAUCUAUCAUUAGGAUUUAUCACGAUAAAACUAAUUGUGUAAUUAUUAAAUGCUUCUUUUGUGCGUGUUUCUUGGUGGAAAAUGUAUUUCGUGUUCCUGAAAGUCGUUCUUAUCUUGUGAACGGUCUGCAGAGCACAUUCGUAAUCUGGAUUGAUCACGGAGCAGCGAUGGCUUGGAAGAAGUCUUUCAAUCUGAUUAAUUUCACAGGCAGCUGCAGGUCAUGUAAUGUGAACUGCAAUUCCCAUUCAAUUUCACUGCACGAGAGUCCAAAUUAAAGGCAACCUGACCACUUUAUCUCAGUGAAGUGGUAUGGGUGCAGUUCCCCACUCCCCUAGAGGCGCUUCCUGUUUAACUCCGUAAAAUGAGACUGGACGUCUUCGUGUUUUGCAUGAGUACAUCCAGCAUCUUCCAAAUCCCCAUAAUAAAUCAUUAAUUCAAUGCUAUCCCUAUGGGGAAGACCUAAUUCCAACCUAAGACUUAACAUGAAUGAUACAUAAUACUUUGCUAUGAUGUUAAAGUAACAUCUUAUGUCAAGCAAUACAGAAAUAAAUAAAAAAAAAAAGAAUGAAAAGAAAGUGGGAAUAAGAGACAAUAACGGAGUAUGCGAGAUAAGUCCCCAAGGAAAGCACUCAGUUACCAGCCAAACAUUAUCGAAUGAGACGCAGACAGCACCAGUCAGAGACUACCUCAGCCAAUGCAGCAGAUCAGAAACCGCAGGCCUUUAGAAGCUACAUGGUGGAAAGUGCAGUGGUAUCCAACUAUGUUCCCAGGUGAGUAAAAUAGUCAAUGUAGAUCGGCAUAACAGCACCCCAAAUCCGCCACACUUCAAGCCUGGCUGUUCCUGUAACCCUCACCUUAGGCCAGAGGUUCCCAAUUAAUGUUUCCUGUGGAACCCUUUGACAUAGUGUAUCAACAUCCUGGAACCACCCCCAAAAAAUUAAUGCGCUGUAGCAUAAACCUUUUAAUUAGCAGAGCGUAAUAUUUUCUUUGUUGCCAAAUUUAGUUUUUUUGCUAUAGAUACACACACUAAUUUCCGAAGAUAGUAAACAGAUUGCAGUACUUAGGAGCAGGUGUUCUUCUGUGUUUAGAGUUGGUGUUUGUAUAUAGUUGUAGCAUUUUAAUACAGGUAUAUAAAUAACAGAAAAAAAAGAAGGAUAGUGCGUAGGCGCUUCACUGUAAUUUUGACAAUUCUGUAUAUAGUAUAAAGUAUACAAUAGAUGGUGUAACCGGUACCCUAGUGCUUCCCUUAUACACCAGAUUUACAUAAUACAAUAAAAAGAGACAAAUACCAGUAUAUACACCUCCCCAAUGUGAUCACCACAAAAAUAAGUGAUAUUACCAAUAUAGAACUGGACUGUAAUGUAAAUAGCGUAGAACUUGAUUGGGGUAUAAACUAAAAUAGAAAAAACAUAAAAAACAUAGUGCAAACUGUAUGAUAAUAAAUAAGUGAUAAAUAGGUAUGUGAUUCUCACUCACAUUCUCCAGAGCAGUACCAGGCUCUGUAUAGCAGGCUCAGGGGUGCCAAUAACUGGCUAACGAUCCAGGUGGUCCAAAUAGAUGAGACUCCAAAGGUUAAAUAUAAAAUAUAUUUAUUUAUAAAAAUAUAUAAAAAAGUGUAUACACUGCUGGGCACUAUGGGGGUGGAACCCAAAACAGACAAGGAUAUAUAUAAAACAAUAAUGGAAUUCCACUUACCCCUAUCUGUAUAGUAGCCCAGAGUGACAGAAAUACACAUAAAAUAACAAAUACAAAUGCAGAAGAUUGAAGCAGACGCGUUUCGGCCAACAGCCUUCCUCCAGUGCUUGUCUUCAUGUCCUAUUGAGUCUUCUUUUAUAAGCCUUAUCUGUCCCAUUCACCUGGAUCCAAUUUCGUACCGGCGUCGCGUCACUUCCGGUUUCGCGGGUGACGUCACUUCCGGUUUUUCGGCCGGCUGGAACGCACGCUGAAACGCGGCGUUCAGGAUGUAGAUUGUUAUGAUUAAGUCCCCAUAGCAACCUUAGCCUCCAUAUUUGCAAAAUAUCAUAAUAGAAUAAGAAAAAACACAAAUUAAAGAUAUAAUCUAUAUAUAGCAUACACAAUACAGAUAUUUGAUAGCUAUCAUCAAUCUCUUUAUAUCUAGAGAAAAAUUUAAAGAUGUAUAAGAUAAUCUAUUCUUAGAAAAAUUAGAAAAAUUAUACAAUGCAAUAUGUGGCCAUAGAACUCCCCACAUAAAUACCAAUUAGACAAGAAGCAAGUAUAACCUUCUAAAUCUAAUAGUUCAAAUAAAGUAAAUACUAUAAACAAUAUAUAGAUCCUAUAAAAAAUGUAUAAACUCAAAAUCUAAAUUCAAUCCCUUCGGGGAUAGGGUAUUAACAUCAAAAAUCCACUUACCCUCUAUCUUCGCUAGCUCUUUAACAUUAUUAUCUCCCCUCCAAUUCUUAAAUUUCUUAAAAAUAACAGUAUAUGACAGUAGGGAGGAAUCCCCACCAUGUUUCUCAGUGAAGUGUGCCGAUACACUAUGUUUCAUAUACCCCCUCUGGAUAUUACCCACAUGCUCCGCAACCCUGGUUUUAAAUGCCCUGGUGGUCAUUCCAAUGUAUUGCAGACCACAUGGGCACCAGAGGAGGUAUAUGACAUUAGUGGAAUUACAGGUUAGAACCUGAUGAAUUUUAAAUGUGCGAUUAGUAGAGUGAGAGGUAAAUUCUGUCUGUUUAUGUUUAUCAAAUAUUGUUCUCUUACAGGCUAGACAGGAUAUGCAGGGAUAAAAACCCUUUUCUAGUCCAAAGAAGUUUUUCUCUUCCCCUUUAUCCCUAAUAAAACUUGUAGUUAGAUGUUGUUUUAAGUUUUUUGCCCCUCUAUAAAUAAUACGUGGCCUAUCACCAAUAAUUUCUCUCAGAUUCGGAUCUAGUUUAAGGAUACGCCAGUGUCUAUUAAUAAUAUGCUUAAUUUGCUUGGCAUCUUCACUAUAAUUCAAAAUAAUUGGUACCUGGUCUGCACCCUUCUUCUCCUCCCUAGGUAUCCUUUUCUUCAGAACCUUACUUCGGUCCAUCUUCUUAAUGGAAUUAAUACAACUAUCCAAUUCCUUGGCGUCAUAUUUCUUCUCUACAAACCUGUCCUUCAAGCAAACUGCCUGUUCCUCAAACACUUCAGCAUCACUACAGUUCCUAAACAGCCUAAGGAACUGGCCCUUAGGAAUGCUUCGUAACCAGGAUUCAUAGUGGCAACUGGACGUUUCUAUGUAACCAUUGACGUCGACCUUCUUAAAGAAAGUCUUGGUCUUAAUCCCUUCAUUGUCUACAUAGAUAUUCAAGUCCAGGAAGUUAAUAUUGGAUGCACUAUACUCACUUGUCAAUUUAAUGUCUGGAUGCUGAAGGUUCAAGAAUUCCAAAAAUGGCCGCAGUGAUUCUACAUCUCCGCGCCAGAUGAAAAAAAUAUCGUCUAUAAAACGACGAUAAAGGACCAGGUUACGCGCCCAGCUACCUUCCUCCGUUAAAAACGGGUUUUCCCAAUGCGCCAUAAAUAAGUUAGCGUAGCUGGGCGCGAACCUGGUCCCCAUCGCAGUUCCCUUAAGUUGCAAGAAAAAUUUGUGGUCAAACCAAAAGUAGUUGUUACAGAGGAUAAGUCGAAUUCCGUCUAGGAUAAAUUUAACCUGCAAUUCUUUCAAUUCACUCUGAUUUUUAAGGAAAUGUUCAAUUGCUUCACAGCCAGAUAAGUGUGGUAUACUUGUAUAUAGACUUGAAACGUCACAAGUCACCAAUAGCAUAUUAUUAUCCCAUCUGAUCUCUUUAAGGGGGUCCAACAGUGACAUAGAGUCGCGCAGGUAGGAUGGUUGUACAACCACCAAGGGUUGUAGUUGUUUGUCUAUAUAUUCUGACAAAUUACUCAAAAGCGACCCCACCCCUGACACUAUAGGCCUGCCUGGCGGGUUCUCCUCACUUUUAUGUAUCUUAGGCAGGGUGUAAAAUACCGGGGUCCUACCUAUGACAGAGUCCAAAUAUUGGAACUCGUCCCUAUUUAGGAUCCCCAGUACCCUACCCCUGCCCAAAAGGGAUGCAUAUUCUUUUUUAAUCUGUCCAAUGGGGUCACUUUUUAGUUCUUUAUAUGUGCUUUGGUCGUCCAAUUGCCUAUAGAUUUCCUUCAUAUAUUGAUCUCUACUUUGUAUGACCACCCCACCCCCUUUGUCGGCGGGUUUUAUAAUUAUUUCUUUAUUUGUCUGAAGUUCCUUUAACGCUUUCCUUUGAAAGGGGGAGGAUACUAAAUCAAUAGGUAUCUUUAACCUAACAGAUAUGAUCCUUACAAAAUCUCAAAUUGAAGUUUUAAAAAAGGGAUUCAAAUUUGUUCCAUCAGAAUUUAAUAAGCCAUUUGACACAUUUAUCGAUAUUAACAAAUUUACUCGGAAAAUGUGUAUUAAAUUAUUUUUUGACAAGAUAUCCCCUUUAGAGCCUCUAAAAGGCCCCCAAGAGUUCCAUCAUACUCAGCUUAAGAAGACAUCCACAUUCUUUCCUAGACACCUAAUAAAUGGGGGAAUGAAGGUAUUUGAGCGUCUAGUGAUGGAUGAUGUGAGAAAUUUAAAUAAUAAUAGUAAGAGGAAAUAUAAAAGGGAUAAUUUGGAUUUCUAUCAAAGGAAAGCGUUAAAGGAACUUCAGACAAAUAAAGAAAUAAUUAUAAAACCCUCCGACAAAGGGGGUGGGGUGGUCAUACAAAGUAGAGAUCAAUAUAUGAAGGAAAUCUAUAGGCAAUUGGACGACCAAAGCACAUAUAAAGAACUAAAAAGUGACCCCAUUGGACAGAUUAAAAAAGAAUAUGCAUCCCUUUUGGGCAGGGGUAGGGUACUGGGGAUCCUAAAUAGGGACGAGUUCCAAUAUUUGGACUCUGUCAUAGGUAGGACCCCGGUAUUUUACACCCUGCCUAAGAUACAUAAAAGUGAGGAGAACCCGCCAGGCAGGCCUAUAGUGUCAGGGGUGGGGUCGCUUUUGAGUAAUUUGUCAGAAUAUAUAGACAAACAACUACAACCCUUGGUGGUUGUACAACCAUCCUACCUGCGCGACUCUAUGUCACUGUUGGACCCCCUUAAAGAGAUCAGAUGGGAUAAUAAUAUGCUAUUGGUGACUUGUGACGUUUCAAGUCUAUAUACAAGUAUACCACACUUAUCUGGCUGUGAAGCAAUUGAACAUUUCCUUAAAAAUCAGAGUGAAUUGAAAGAAUUGCAGGUUAAAUUUAUCCUAGACGGAAUUCGACUUAUCCUCUGUAACAACUACUUUUGGUUUGACCACAAAUUUUUCUUGCAACUUAAGGGAACUGCGAUGGGGACCAGGUUCGCGCCCAGCUACGCUAACUUAUUUAUGGCGCAUUGGGAAAACCCGUUUUUAACGGAGGAAGGUAGCUGGGCGCGUAGCCUGGUCCUUUAUCGUCGUUUUAUAGACGAUAUUUUUUUCAUCUGGCGCGGAGAUGUAGAAUCACUGCGGCCAUUUUUGGAAUUCUUGAACCUUCAGCAUCCAGACAUUAAAUUGACAAGUGAGUAUAGUGCAUCCAAUAUUAACUUCCUGGACUUGAAUAUCUAUGUAGACAAUGAAGGGAUUAAGACCAAGACUUUCUUUAAGAAGGUCGACGUCAAUGGUUACAUAGAAAUGUCCAGUUGCCACUAUGAAUCCUGGUUACGAAGCAUUCCUAAGGGCCAGUUCCUUAGGCUGUUUAGGAACUGUAGUGAUGCUGAAGUGUUUGAGGAACAGGCAGUUUGCUUGAAGGACAGGUUUGUAGAGAAGAAAUAUGACGCCAAGGAAUUGGAUAGUUGUAUUAAUUCCAUUAAGAAGAUGGACCGAAGUAAGGUUCUGAAGAAAAGGAUACCUAGGGAGGAGAAGAAGGGUGCAGACCAGGUACCAAUUAUUUUGAAUUAUAGUGAAGAUGCCAAGCAAAUUAAGCAUAUUAUUAAUAGACACUGGCGUAUCCUUAAACUAGAUCCGAAUCUGAGAGAAAUUAUUGGUGAUAGGCCACGUAUUAUUUAUAGAGGGGCAAAAAACUUAAAACAACAUCUAACUACAAGUUUUAUUAGGGAUAAAGGGGAAGAGAAAAACUUCUUUGGACUAGAAAAGGGUUUUUAUCCCUGCAAAUCCUGUCUAGCCUGUAAGAGAACAAUAUUUGAUAAACAUAAACAGACAGAAUUUACCUCUCACUCUACUAAUCGCACAUUCAAAAUUCAUCAGGUUCUAACCUGUAAUUCCACUAAUGUCAUAUACCUCCUCUGGUGCCCAUGUGGUCUGCAAUACAUUGGAAUGACCACCAGGGCAUUUAAAACCAGGGUUGCGGAGCAUGUGGGUAAUAUCCAGAGGGGGUAUAUGAAACAUAGUGUAUCUGCACACUUCACUGAGAAACAUGGUGGGGAUUCCUCCCUACUGUCAUAUACUGUUAUUUUUAAGAAAUUUAAGAAUUGGAGGGGAGAUAAUAAUGUUAAAGAGCUAGCGAAGAUAGAGGGUAAGUGGAUUUUUGAUGUUAAUACCCUAUCCCCGAAGGGAUUGAAUUUAGAUUUUGAGUUUAUACAUUUUUUAUAGGAUCUAUAUAUUGUUUAUAGUAUUUACUUUAUUUGAACUAUUAGAUUCAGAAGGUUAUACUUGCUUCUUGUCUAAUUGGUAUUUAUGUGGGGAGUUCUAUGGCCACAUAUUGCAUUGUAUAAUUUUUCUAAUUUUUCUAAGAAUAGAUUAUCUUAUACAUCUUUAAAUUUUUCUCUAGAUAUAAAGAGAUUGAUGAUAGCUAUCAAAUAUCUGUAUUGUGUAUGCUAUAUAUAGAUUAUAUCUUUAAUUUGUGUUUUUUCUUAUUCUAUUAUGAUAUUUUGCAAAUAUGGAGGCUAAGGUUGCUAUGGGGACUUAAUCAUAACAAUCUACAUCCUGAACGCCGCGUUUCAGCGUGCGUUCCAGCCGGCCGAAAAACCGGAAGUGACGUCACCCGCGAAACCGGAAGUGACGCGACGCCGGUACGAAAUUGGAUCCAGGUGAAUGGGACAGAUAAGGCUUAUAAAAGAAGACUCAAUAGGACAUGAAGACAAGCACUGGAGGAAGGCUGUUGGCCGAAACGCGUCUGCUUCAAUCUUCUGCAUUUGUAUUUGUUAUUUUAUGUGUAUUUCUGUCACUCUGGGCUACUAUACAGAUAGGGGUAAGUGGAAUUCCAUUAUUGUUUUAUAUAUAUCCUUGUCUGUUUUGGGUUCCACCCCCAUAGUGCCCAGCAGUGUAUACACUUUUUUAUAUAUUUUUAUAAAUAAAUAUAUUUUAUAUUUAACCUUUGGAGUCUCAUCUAUUUGGACCACCUGGAUCGUUAGCCAGUUAUUGGCACCCCUGAGCCUGCUAUACAGAGCCUGGUACGGCUCUGGAGAAUGUGAGUGAGAAUCACAUACCUAUUUAUCACUUAUUUAUUAUCAUACAGUUUGCACUAUGUUUUUUAUGUUUUUUCUAUUUUAGUUUAUACCCCAAUCAAGUUCUACGCUGUUUACAUUACAGUCCAGUUCUAUAUUGGUAAUAUCACUUAUUUUUGUGGUGAUCACAUUGGGGAGGUGUAUAUACUGGUAUUUGUCUCUUUUUAUUGUAAUACAGGUAUAUGUUUGUAUGUUGUAAAAUAUUCUAUAUUUUGGAAAUGUCUCUUACAUGCAAUUCAUACUGAGGUGGGGUUGGUCUUGAGUGACAUGAACAGAUGACAAUAUGUGUUGUAAGCUCUUCUCUAUUUCUGAGUGUCCAUGGAACUUGGGAUGACCUAAUAGGGUUAUUAGAAUUGCCAACAAGCAUAUUGUAUCUAUAGCAUUGACUUUGUAAUGCUUACACAGCCAUUUUGGUGGUAUAUAUGUAGAAUGUAUUAGCUAUGUGAGAGGGCGUCUAGGAGAAUGAGACACAGACACGGAGACACAGAACACCAAGGCAGAGUGUCUUCACACUCUGAAUGUCCAGCAUGUACCAUCAGCUGUGAGAGUGUCCUCACACUCAGAAUGUCCAGCAUGUACCAUCAGCUGUGAGAGUGUCUCCACACUCUGAAUGUCCAGCAUGUACCAUCAGCUGUGAGAGUGUCUCCACACUCUGAAUGUCCAGCAUGUACCAUCAGCUGCGAGAGUGUCUCCACACUCUGAAUGUCCAGCAUGUACCAUCAGCUGCGAGAGUGUCCUCACACUCUGAAUGUCCAGCAUGUACCAUCAGCUGUGAGAGUGUCUCCACACUCUGAAUGUCCAGCAUGUACCAUCAGCUGUGAGAGUGUCUCCACACUCUGAAUGUCCAGCAUGUACCAUCAGCUGUGAGAGUGUCUCCCACUCUGAAUGUCCAGCAUGUACCAUCAGCUGUGAGAGUGUCUCCACACUCUGAAUGUCCAGCAUGUACCAUCAGCUGUGAGAGUGUCCUCACACUCUGAAUGUCCAGCAUGUACCAUCAGCUGUGAGAGUGUCUCCACACUCUGAAUGUCCAGCAUGUACCAUCAGCUGUGAGAGUGUCCUCACACUCUGAAUGUCCAGCAUGCACCAUCAGCUGUGAGAGUGUCCUCACACUCUAAAUGUCCAGCAUGUACCAUCAGCUAUUAACCUAUUUAACAUCAACGACAUUGUAAGUACUGACUUUGCAUUUGCGAAGCAAGAAGAGUAAAUCUCUUUUAUAAGAAAAGCCAGGAAAGUCUGAUUGCGUUAUAUUUUUAAGUGACAAUGAAGAACUAUGAUUUGCAUGAUACAAGGCGAGCCACCCAACAAUAAGAAAGAAGAAUUUACAUACACUGCCGGGCUCUGGGGAGAGGAAGAGGUUAAACUUACCUCUUUCUCCAGCGCCGGGUGGGGAGCUCUCCUCCUCCUCUCCUCCCUCUUCACCUCCUCUUCGGCUGAAUGCGCAUGCGCGGCAGGAGCCGCGCGUGCAUUCAGCCAGUCCACAGGAAAGCAUUCACAAUGCUUUCCUAUGGACGCUGGUGUGUAUGUGUGUGUAACUUUAGUUCCUUUAGUUCAGCUGGCUGAAGUUGGUGUGCGAGGUCGGCAGCAGCUCACUCGCCGGGGCUGCCUCUCUCUAUUCCGCUCGGCGCGCUCUAUGUCUGGGAAGAAGUGACAGGCUGUACUACAGGGGUCUGGACGCGAUCUUAAACGACUACAGCUCCUGACCAGGUCCCUGUUCAGCAAUACUCAAUGGGCAAAUCGGGGCAAAACCCCAAUUUUGUUCUCACAGAAUCCUAGGAAACAUUGGGAAACACUGCCUUACACCCACAGAUCCUUCCACUACUGGUCAAGGUCUCGAGAGAGUCCUUCUUCUCCAGGUUGUGGAUGGUCAUGGAUAAUAUCCUUGUGGGUUCCCAGUUCAGAUGAAGAGCAGCUAUCAGAGACACCACUUUUUUUUAUUUGGGUGAGAAGAUGGUUUUGCUGUGAAAUUCUGUGUCAAAAGUUCUCACAUAUGGCUUUGAAUGCUGCACUGAAUCUUGCUUCCUAACCCCACUGCAAUUCCUCCACUGCAGGACCCUGCAAGACUGCUACGGAAGUCAUCUUAAAUCGGACAUGUGAAGUUGGAGUAUCCAUGCAAGAGAGUCGCUGGGUAGGGAACAAGCUUUAGAUUAGGCAUCACCAAUGGAGACCGGGAUGUCAGAGAAAAGGCAGUGUUUACAUUACAUUACUGGAACAUGUGGCCACUCCUCAGUGCCAAGUUCAGCACUGUUCAUGGAGACACUGAACUUUCCCCACAGAUAUGCAUCGAUUCAAUGCAUCUCUAUUAGGAAAUGCUGAUGGCAAGGGCGGUGUUUGGUUCUAACCCAGUCUCGACUUCUUGGCUGAGAUCAUCAAAAUGUCCUAUAGGAAAGCACUGGAUUGGCCGAGAUCAUCAAUCCUGAUUAUGUCAGCCAAGGAGGCAGAUCAGAGACGGGGCGAGGCACAAGGAGCCCUGUGUAACGCUGGAAAAAGGUGAAUAAAUCACCCUUUUAACUUGAAGUGAGGAGGGCCAACCACGUAAACAAUAGUUUUAGAACUAUAAUAGUACUGCUUUAACAGAUGCUUUCUGUUAGCAUCACAGCUUCGGAACUCUAAAAUAUUGUAGGUUAUGUUUUUACAGUGUCAUGUAACAUCAAAGCCAAGGCCUUUAAAAGGUAGUUUGUAUUGUUUGCUAUUGUGUUUGGUCUUUUCUGUGUUCCUAAUUUCUGAUAUUAGAAACAGCUUGUUCUCAUAUCCGGAGUGGCAUGUUGUUCAUGGGUAGAGAAGAGUCGACAUAAAAUGAAGAACAGUGAUAUGCAAUUACAUCCCCUGUUAGAGUAGGGUUAUAGAGUUUUGUUUUCGGCCCAAGACCCAGGGGUUUCUGGAACAUAGCAACACCCCUGAUUGUCCAUAAUUAUGCUAAGGAUACAUCAUAUAAAUAAUUAUAGAAACAAACACAUAUGUUGCUUGAAAAUCAAAUGCAAUUAAAAACAAACACCUACCUUCUGUGUUCUUGCUGGAAGGUACAAGUGGCUUAAGUGGGAUAAUGAUGUUAUCAGGACUAAGUCCAUCUUUGUUGUGAUUUUCUGAGACAUGUAGCAAGAGCUCCGAGUGGUUUGGAGAAAACAAGUUACACAGCUUACACAUAAAAAUGGAGCUUGUCCCUAAAAUACAAAAAAAAAAAAAAUACAAAUAUAAUAUUCCAAUUAGCACGUGCAUAUUUACAUAUACAACAGUAUAUUGCACAUCUGAAGAACAUGGCAUGUAUUUAUGAUAUAUAUCGGCAGAUUGUUAAAUCUGGGACACAUAUAUAUUUUUAUUUUUUUACUCCACUUUUUUUUGUUAUUUCAAAUUUUGUUCAUUGCUCAAUUAAAAACAGAUGAUAGGAUUUUUGAAAACCAAGUCGAGUCCCUUGUUCUCCGAUACAGCAGUCCUAGUGUUUUUGGGAACUAAAGUGCACAAUUGGAUGGGGAAAUAUAGUCUAGAAGACUUAAUGGAACCUUCCACUAGGUUUGACUGUACGGUAGGUGAUGUUGUAAUUGGUAUUACAGAGCAGCACUUGAUUUAAAAAAAGUCUCAUUCUUAGUAUUCAUUCUUAGUUGUAAUAAUUGUAAUAUUUGCAAGCAGAUUUCAUUUUUAGAAUAAUAACUUUUCAGAUUAGUUUGACAGUUAUAUCAUUAAUAAUUUUCUUAUAUAAAAUUAGAAAUACAUACAUAAUGAUGAAAUCAUUGCAAAUCUGCAGUUUAAUAGGAUAAUUACUUAUAUUUGAAGAACAACUUAAAUUGUUUUAUUGAACCUCCAUGAUACCAUUAUAUAGCAUACAUAUUCAUGUAUUUGCUUGAACAUCUAUGUUUGUUCACUGAAAUGAUUAAACAAGAUAGGUAGAUAUAUAUACACACACACCAUAUAUACUCGAGUAUAUGUCGACCCGAAUAUAAGUCGAGACCCCUAAUUUUACCCCCCAAAAAUGGGAAAACUUAUUGACUCGAGUAUGAGACUAGGGUGGGAAAUGCAGCAGCUACUGGUAAAUUUCUAAAUAAAAUUAGAUCCCCCAAAAAUUAUAUUAAUUGAAUAUUUAUUUACAUAUUUGUGUAUAUAAUGAAUGCAGAGUGUGUGUGUGUUUGUGUGUGUGUGUAUGAAUGCAGUGUGUGUGUGUAUAAUGCAGUGUGUGUAUAUGAUGCAGAGUGUGUUUGUGUAUGUGAUGCAGAGUGUGUAACCUUGGUGGGGGGGUGGGCAUUUUUUAUUAUUUUUUUAAUUAUUAUUAUUUUAAUAUUUUUAAAAAUUCUCUUUUUUUUAUAUUAUUAAAAUGUUUUUUGUUUUUUUUAAUAUUCAAAAAACUUGUAUUUAUUUAUUUUUUGUCCCCCCUCCCUGCUUGAUACAUGGCCAGGGAGGGGGGCUAUAUUAUUCCCUGGUGGUCGAGUGGAUGGGCUGUGCAGGAAGGGGGCUGGGAGCAAGCUGUUCCUUACCUUUACAGCAGCUCCUGUCAGCUCCCUUCUCCUCUGUGCCGUUCAGCUCCAGUGCCUGGCGGUCGUGGUCUGUAUUAUGGCAAUGUAAGUUGCCAUGAUACAGACACUGACUCGAGUAUAAGACGAGUGGGGCUUUUUCAGCACAAAAAAUGUGCCAAAAACUUGUCUUAUACUCGAUUAUAUAAACUUAAACUGCAAUCGUUUGCCCUCAUAGCUGAGUCCCUUCUGGAGAACGUCAGAAGUCAGAUCAUCCAAAUCAAAUUCUUUGUAAUCCAUGCCAAAACUAAUCGAUCUGUCCAGGAUUUACUUGUAGAGUCAUAUCCAAUGAAUAAGAAUCCAUAAAUAAAUUCCGGGCAAAUUGAUCAGUUCGGCAUGGAUUUAAAGACAUUUGAUAUGGAUGAAUGGCAUGGAAUGGAAUUUUGCACAAGUUUAGUCAUCGCUGGGGUAACAGAAAUGGUGAAGUAAAACUCAUUUAUUAUACCACACAAUUUUAUUUAUGACUGUUUUCUUAAGACAUUUAUUGUAUUUUGCACUAAGAUGCACCAGAAAUCUGGAUUUUCUAGGAACGAGACAGAUAGAAAAUAGAGGUAAAGUAAUUUAGGCACUAAUGAUUAACACUUUGGAGGUAUGCUGUAACGGAGAAAGUCAAUGCAUGAAGAUAUAAACAACAGGUCAUAAAAUUUUAAGGCAUUGGUUUAUCGUGAAAUGUUUUACCAAGUACAACACGACUGGAUGUCUGUAGUUAAAAAGAUGUUUUUUCUGCCACAUUACGAAAUGUGUCACUAUGCUAAGGUAUAGAAAUUAUUCCUUACACAACAGGCUGGAUAGGAACAGACAGCUUAAUCUGUGUGUGUACUCAAGCAAAGUUCUUUAGAUUCUACAGGAUGGAAAGUGAAUAAACUGAAUUUGACUAAUUACGUGGAAAAUUUAACCAUUUUAACUAAAAUAGGAGGCAAUCCUAACACCCAGGAAAACAAAAUACAGGAAAGAAAGUUUUUUUGAUUGCACAUAUUAUCUAAAUUCUAAGUCACUUCUGAUGCUUUUUGAUGAUAACAUAGCUACAUGUAAUAAUAAUACUGAAUUAUUUAGCCUGGAAGGAUACAUUUAGCUUUCACAAUUUUUCAAGUAUGUCCUGGGGGUUAGACGUGCUACUCAAUGGUAUUUUACUGGAUAAGGAAAUAAAGGUAAACGUCUACUAAAGGCUCGGAAGAUGGAAUAUUCACCCCUGAAUUAUCUCAUAAGCAGUAUGUGUAUUCACAGGUUAUAUUAUUUCACUAGCUGAACAGCCACAUAAUCAAUAUCAUGUACAUAGUAAUUUAAUCAGAUACAUGUCUCUUUACUUCUUCACUACAGAGUUUAUAGACUUCUCAAAGCAUAAAAAAGUUGUGUUACCCUAUCUAUAGAUGCCACCUCGGAUGCAAGGUUUUAGAGGGUGGCAUUUACCUACGUUAACUCCCUUAACAAUCUGCUCUUGCCGCCAGUCCACCUCUUCAGCUGAGAUCAUCAAAUUUUAUUAAGUCAGACAAACCAAUGAUUCCCCAUAAAGAGACUAGUGUGUGUAUGAGACAAAACUCUUUUUGACUCUGUUAAGAAGGUGGAAGCUCUACAAAACAUCAAUGUUUUACAUCGGAUGGUUAAAAUGACGGGACCAUUGCACGCAGACCACUUCAUUAAGAUGAAGUAGUCUGGGUGACUUUAAUGGUUCUUGAAUUUUUUGUAUAUUUUAAAAAAUAUUUGGGGUAAGAGAAAAUGUCCACUCUCCACUUUACCAAUUCGGAACCUGAAGUUGAUUUGUAAUGUUAAGGAAAUGUUUGGAUAAUGCGAAGUGAUUGAAGAAAAAAAAAAAGAAGGACUUAACAUAUAAAUGGAAUUGAGACCCCCUUCAGUGGGCAACAAUGCAAAUCAUGCAGCACGACCGUGUACAAGUGCUAUGGAACACAGCCAGUGAGCUUGCAAUCUAAAGAAGAUUUUUCAAAUACAUACUGCACAGUCGGUGACAUCAUUCAUGCGUUACUCACACUCUUCAGAUGAAAUGUCCUGGAAAGAGCUGGGGAGACAGAAAUAGUGCAAUUCUUUCUCCCCAGCACUUCUGCCAGUAUAUCACUAUUAGCAGAGGACUAGAUUAUUAGUGAAACUCACAUCAAUAAAACUGGGACAUGUAUGUAGGUACUGCUCUAAGAUUAAAUGAUUUAUUCACUUACUCUAUCACUAAAAUUAAAAACUAACCUCAGCCCUACAAAAUGAUUUAAUAUAAAAAGACACUUAGUGGCGAUGCAUGUUAUAGUGGAAAUAAUGCUAUUACAGUCCUGAAGACAUUCAUAACCCAUUAAAUCUUCUGUAGAAACACAGAAGCCAACAAUAUUUGUUUAAUUAUUUUUCUAUCAUUGGAUUCAUGGAAACGUUUUCUUAUAAGGGUUGUUUAUUUUUGUGUUGUUUCUUUUAAUUGCAAGCAUUUUUACAAUGUUUAUAUUGAAGGGUUACUUCAAGCAGCAUGACCACUUCAGUGAUUUGAAGUGCUCAUGGUGCCUGUAUGCUAUAUGUGCAGUUUAUCACUACGAAACAAUGUAUACAUAAUUUACCUCCACCUCCGGCAGAGUCAUUGUUUUGUCGUCAGCCAGCCCAGAACAAGAGUUCCAGGAUGGCUACUGUCAAUUCUGUGCAAAUUUACUUGCACAGAAUGUCAUUCAUUGGCUGAGAACAGUCAGCUGACACUUUCAGAAAAUGGAUGCUGGCAGACAUUGCUUCUAGCUCCUGCAGCUCUGUGGUUAUGCGAGGCUCCAAUGCCUUUUUCUUUAUAGCUUUUAUUAGUGAUGGCUGGGUGUAUUGACAAAACGGUAGCUCCGCCUGUUGUCAAGUUUUUUUCAAGUAGAGGGAAAAUACCCAAGUCACAUUAGUCCUGGCCUUGUCCUAUGAUAUAUUUUGACAUUGUUAGAAUUUCGGUAAAAUUUUACAGAAACUGCAAUGUUUUCAUUGCGGGGUUAAGACUGUCUCUAGUGGCUGGUCCCCUCGCAAUGACGUUGGAGAAGGCAGAGUAAUGAACCCAGUUAGCGUUUAAAGGGUUAUUUAACAUUUUCAUUGCAGUGAGGGGAGGGGCAGCACAGUAGCAGAGUUUUUUUUUUUCUUCUAACACUAUAGUGCUCCUUUAACCCCUUAAGGACCACACUUCUGGAAUUAAAGGGAAUCAUGACAUGUCACACAUGUCGUGUGUCCUUAAGGGGUUAAACAGUCUUAAAUCAUUUACAAUAAAUAGGAUGUGUAUAUCUCACAGUAACGGAAAAGAUAAGUAGAGACAAAAUAGUUGAUAGAGAACAAAUAAUUUCUGCCACAAGGUGAGUAUGACAUGAGAAGGUUGUAAUGUAUGAUAUUAUUAAAUCAGCUAUUCCUGAAAAAAACUGAAAAAGGGGAAAACCAGUGAACCAACUAAAACAACAGCAUCGUAGCAUAAUGUGAGUGGGAUUUUACUGUUUGUGUUUUUAAUAUGUGAAAACCCCAUCUAUUACGAGGGAAGAAGACACAGCGAAGCAGAGAAUUGGCUAUCUAAAUUAUCUGUGACCAGUAAGCUUCCGAGAAACUAACCGUGCAAAGUCUAAGCCAGAAUACCAACUGAAUGCUAUACAUCAAAAUAAGCAAAACAGCAGGACCCAGCUGCUUCGUCUGCUCGCCGACUGCUUAAAUAUGUUCAAUCAAAAUGACAAGAGAUUCAAGGACAGGGUCACUUGUUUCCUGUUCGAAAUGCAUACAGGAUAAUAGAGGUAACAGUGUUUUUAUGUGAUACACUGUAUGAUAUCAGUUCAAGCUUGAUUUAAAGGGACAGUGAACUAGGAGUGUAUAAAGCGCAAAGUAAAUUGUUGGGCACGUCAAGUAAAACUACUUCAUUAAGGUAAAGUUGAUUUGAUGCCUACAGUAUCCCUUUAAUUCCAUCAAAGGUACAGGAAUGAGUGGAAAUUUAUUGCACGGUACCCUGUAAGAUUUAUAACUUUAUAUGACAGGCCUGGAAGAGAGACAAAAGCAAGACAGUGAAGGCAGAAGAUGGGAGACAAGUUUAUUUGUUAAAUGUCCUUAAAGUUUUUUUUUUUUAAAGGGUUUCUUAGAGCAAUAGAGUCAGGGAGGGAUGAAGAAUGGGGCAGCCUUGAAGACAUUUUGAAGGUAAGAGUUUGCCCUGUAGGUGCAAUCACACGUCUUUGAUAGAGCAGAGGCUACAAUGGGAAAGGGGGGUAAUAAUUAUUAGGGAUGUUUUGCAGAUUGGGGAAUCCUAUAUUUCCUAUCCUUCCUAUAUUUGAUUCUCCUAUUGUUAAAAAAUAUAUAGAUGAGGGCUGCUGAUUAUUAUAUAAUAGCUUGCGUUUAGCAGGAUGCAUUCAUCAAGGAGGCAUUCACUUUGAGGAGUGAUGCACUGUGCAUAUCGUAGUCAUGUGUGUACUUGGAUGCAGGUCUAGCAUCAUAUCUUCUCCAUAUGGGCAGCAGACCAUUGGUUUCGUGCCCAGCCAUUGUUUUAAAUUGCACAGUCACAUCCUGUCUUGGUCCCACUUCAGUCUAGUAGUACCCAAGAGUUCCCUCACAUCAAUUUGUCUUAUUUUUUAUAUUUCAGAAGAAUAUAUCUGGAGCUUGUGUCCUCAUGCUAUAUAUGAGAAUUUCUAAAUAAUUGUUCUUAUGGCUUGGAGUAUAUGACUGUGUCCUAUGGAUUUUCGACUGCCAGCUUUCCUGGGACUGGUGUUCUUUUCCACUUCAUAUUGACACCUUGACUUUUGACCUUGAAUUGUCAAUUAGCUCCAGCUUUCCUGUUCGUACCAGUAAGAGACUCCAUCAACCUCAACACUGAAGAACCAACACGCUCCUCACUAUCAAUGCCAGAUUGACCCCCAAAGGUGACAUGUCCGAGUAGGGUCUGGUGGUCGCGGGUUACAAUGGAAAGAAGCUUUACUUACCAUAUUGCCAUAUUCUUCUUGUAGAUCGUCUCUAGCUGCUGGUGCUCAUGACAGCUCAUAACAGCACAGCCCUAAGGUCUAUGAAGGUACAUGCAUAGACCAUGCCUAAAUACCUCAGCUGUCACUUGUGAUGGCUGUUUGCAUAGGACAAAAAUUAAUGGUGCAGCACCAAGUUCUGUCAACCUCAAGCUUGCCCAUAUGACAAACUAAUCUGUACUUUGCAUUACUGUGACUUGCCCAUAUGACAAAGUAAUAUGUACUUUGCCUCACGGUAUCUUUGGAUUGCAUUGUGUGACAACCUUCUGGUCGGUUUGCUUAGAAAAGAACUCAGUUUCAGUGGAACUACAACUCCUUGCAGACAUGACCUUCCCAGGUGCACAAGAGUGAUAAGGGAACCUUGGAGAUCUAUGAGGGCAUGCGUGACUUUCUUUACAGAAGAAGCGAAUAAGCCAGAAGGGAGCAGACAGGAAGCAGUGUCAGGAAGUCCGAUGGCUGGCAGCAAAGGAGCGAAGUGUCAAGCCCAAGGUCACAAGUAGGAAGCAGGAUGCCAAAGGCCUCAAAGGGUCAAAGUCAAAGUCAAAGUUGAGAAAUUUAACAGGAAUCAGGAACAAAAACUGUGAUCAGGAGCCAGGAACACGAACCGGGAACAAAAACCAGGAUCAGGAAUGGAUCAGAAACCAGGAUGCUAGGAGACUGGGGAAAGCACCAGAACAACUGAGAACUGACCACGUGCAGUGCUUGGCUAUUUAUAGGGAGAGGAAAUCAUGUUACCAGCCCCCAACCACUGCAGGCAUAGUCCCCAUUGACUACAAAGGAGGGGAUAGAACUUAGCUAUUCCACAGUCCCUUCUCUCUGCCUCGCCAGUCCCUCCUCCCCCGGCCCUCCCCAAUCCUCUAUGUAUGCCUCAUAGCGGCACCUAGGCGAAAGUGUGCAUGGACAGCAGGCAUCAGAGCAAGCAGGGAAAGAGGAAGGAGGAAGGAGCGGGCACCCGAGCCUUCCAUUAGAACACCGCGGGCGCACCGGGCAGGUAAGCGUCGGCCGUAACAUGUUGGACUUUCAAUGAAAUUCCAACACAGCUUUAGUAUUUCAUCAGUAUUCUAUCUAUAAAAUACUGACAUGACACGGACAGUGCUGCUUAAAUCAGAGGGAAUAAAACUAGACUAGAGGACAGUGACACAGACUUCUCUCACGUAACUUACAAGGCAAAUGAUGCAGCCACCUCUACACCCAUUGCAGCAACAUACACACACAGUGUAAAGCCCAUUUAUUGGCACUCCAUGCUGGAACUCGCAUUCAAUCAGAAAAUAGAGAGAGAUGUAGAAUAACUCUCUAUAUAAUUGAGAAUGGUUAUUGCUUGUGAUAUCACCUUGAGCUAAAAUAUAAAAUACCCAGAUUGUUGGAGAGGGUGAUUUCUACCAGAAAAGGACAUGUGCUGUUGUGUUAGUCUAGUUGGUGAAUGGUUUGACCUAUUUGUCAAAAGUGGCUGUAAUGUUUAAAUGAUGGCAUAUAUAGUCGUCGCUGGUGUCUCCACAUGCUCACUAUGGCCUUGAUUUAAUAUUUUUGAGUACGCUUCAAAAUCAUUUAAUCAAAGAUAACACCAAGACAGCGAGCUUGCAAGGACGGGCUGAUGCGGGUACCAUCAACUUGCAGGGAGAGUGACAGAGAAGGCUAACAAUAAACAUAUAUAUAUCUCCAACAAAAAGAGGAUUUAAAAAAAUAAUACAAUAUCAUCUUGAAUUAAAAUAAAAUAUAUAGAAUCUAUGUUUUCAUUUCCAUCUUCCUUAGCAGCAAACACACAAACAAAAAAUAUAAAAAGCACUUUUUUUCUAUCUCAUAAUAAUAUUAAAUAGAGUGGUUUUUUUUUUGUUUUGCCUCCAACUGAUUUGUUUCAAAUAAAAAGAUUCUAAAAACACUUCAAUGUAUGAAAGAAUACAUGUUUCCUGGCAACCAACACACAUUCUUUAUGGCCCAGCGCUAUCAUAUAUUCAUGAAAUGUGAUCCAUAAGCCUCCUACAAAGGGAUUUAUGUUACAAUAUUCACAAGCUAUUAGCAAAUGAGUUCCCUGACACUGUGAAAGUACAUUCCUAAUAUAGGCCACUAUAAUGUCGAAUAAAUUACCAUGUGUUCCAUGAGAUUGGGGAGAUUUAUCAUUCGAAUGAUACUGACUGCAAAUUGAAGCAGAGUUUCAUCAUACAUUUGAGGCCUAACUGGAUUUCAGAGGGGCUAGAUAUCAAUAUAGUGCGACGUGACGGCUCGGUUUCAAAUUGGUGUCAAUUACAAAAUAUAUGAAAGGCUGCAAGGAACCAAGAAAUCUUAUUCUCGUUACUUCUGUUCCUGGACUGAUUUUUCACUUCUCGACUGUCCUGUGUGUUGGAAACGGCUCUGAUAAAUAAUUAAAGUCUCAAUUAACAGGGCUGAGUUUCAAUAGAUGCAAUAGAAAAUUGUAGAUAUAAAACAAAAAUAAAAGACACGUAUUUCAUUUUGAUACUGCUAAGAAUUACUUUUGUUUUCUGUAAUGUUAUUACAAACUAGAUGGGUUGGGUCAGAUUAACUAAUGGGAUACUCUAAUCACCAAAACUACUUCAUCUUAAUAUAGUGGUUUUGGUACUUAGACCCAAUCCAUCUUCUCUGAUAAUGUAAAACAGCAAUUGUAAACUUUGGGUCAGAAUACUUAAUGGGACACUGUAGACAUCCAGACCACUUCAGCUCAUUGAAGUGGUCUGGGUGCAACGUCCCAUGUCCCUUAACCCUACAGUGGUAUUUAUUGCAGUUUCUGAGAACUAGAGGGACUUCCGGAAUCCAAAUGGUUCUUUGGUCCGUUACCUGACGCUGGACAUCCUCACGCUUUGCAUGAGGACCUCCAGCGUCAGAUUUUUCCCCGUAGUGGGAAAUCCUAAUGCGUGCGCAGCCUGACCCGCUCCAAGGGACAUCGACGCUCGAUUCAGGUUUUAACCCCUUUAGCCACGCAGGAGAUGGGGUGUGAGGGAGGGGGGCACUGUAGAAUUCUAUAGAAUGUGACGGCAGAUAAGAACCAUUCGGCCCAUCUAGUCUGCCCAAUUUUCUAAAUACUUUCAUUACUCCCUAGUCUUAUCUUAUAGUUAGGAUAGCCUUAUGCCUAUCCCACGCAUGCUUAAACUCCUUUACUGUGUUAACCUCUACCACUUCAGCUGGAAGGCUAUUCCAUGCAUCCACUGCCCUCUCAGUAAAGUAAUACUUCCUGAUAUUAUUUUUAAACCUUUGUCCCUCUAAUUUAAGAUUAUGUCCUCUUGUUGUGGUAGUUUUUCUUCUUUUAAAUAUAGUCUCCUCCUUUACUGUGUUGAUUCCUUUAUAUAUUUAAAUGUUUCUAUCAUAUCCCCCCUGUCUCGUCUUUCCUCCAAGCUAUACAUGUUAAGAUCCUUUAACCUUUCUGGUAAGUUUUAUCCCGCAAUCCAUGAACCAGUUUAGUAGCCCUUCUCUGAACCCUCUCUAAGGUAUCAAUAUCCUUGUGAAGAUACGGUCUCCAGUACUGUGUACAAUACUCCAAGUGAGGUCUCACCAGUGUUCUGUAUAAUGGCAUGAGCACUUCCCUCUUUCUACUGCUAAUACCUCUCCCUAUACAACCAAGCAUUCUGCUAGCAUUUCUUGCUGCUCUAUUACAUUGUCUGCCUACCUUUAAGUCAUCAGAAAUAAUCACCCCUAAAUCCCUUUCCUCAUAUGUUGGGGUUAGAACUCUAUCAAAUAUUCUGUACUCUGCCCUUGGGUUUUUACGUCCAAGAUGCAUUAUCUUGCACUUAUCCACAUUAAAUGUCAGUUGCCACAAUUCUGACCAUUUUUCUAGUUUACCUAAAUCAUUUGUCAUUUGGCUUAUCCCUCCUGGAACAUCAACCCUGUUGCAUAUCUUAGUAUCAUCAGCAAAAAGACAUACCUUACCAUCAAGACCUUCUGCAAUAUCACUAAUAAUAAUAUUAAAGAGAAUGGGUCCAAGUACAGAUCCCUGAGGUACCCCACUGGUGACAAGUCCAAGCUUCGAAUAUACUCCAUUGACUACAACCCACUGUUGCCUGUCACUUAGCCACUGCCUUACCCAUUCAACAAUAUUGGAAUCCAAACUUAAAGAUUGCAGUUUAUUGAUAAGCCUUCUAUGUGCAACAGUGUCAAAAGCCUUACUGAAAUCUAGGUAAGCAAUGUCUACUGCACCACCCUGAUCUAUAAUUUUAGUUACCCAAUCAAAAAAAUCAGUAAGAAAAUGGCUUUGCUUUGCUGGCACUAUAGAAUCCCUUUAUAUUGGUUUCAAUGGAUUGGCAUAGAGCAGCAGUUUAUUUGAAUGCCACUGGCUGCUCACUGUUUAACAGACAUGCCCCUACUCGCAGUAUAGCGAGUAGGGGCAAAUCAUUUACUAAUACUAAGUAAUCUUUACUUAGUAUUAGUAAAUGUGGCUGAAAGACCAAUUUAGGUCUUUCAGCCUUUUAGUAGAUAGCUCCCUAAUACCGUGGGAAUUAGGGAGUUAUCUACUAAGCGGCUGCAAGAUGCAGCCGCGGCAAUUAAUAGGAUCGGAGUUUCAUUCAUUCUAAUGAAAUUCCGAUACGAGCAAAGUCCCGAAUUGCGUUCUAACACGAAUGGAGAAACUGUUAGAACGCAAUUCGGCAGUUUGCCGGCGUCCUGUCUAAGUGACAGGAAGCAUCGCGGGAACAGGGAGGAACGGUAAGGAUUGUGGGAAAAUUGCUGUGACCACCGAAAAUGAAGCACACUUUGCUACUCCGCUGGUCACUGCAUAGGAAAACUCCAGAAGAGAAAUAGUCCCUACUUUUUCUUAAAGGACCACUAUAGUGCCAGGAAAACAUACUCGUUUUCCUGGCACUAUAGUGCCCUGAGGGUGCCCCCACCCUCAGGGUCCCCCUCCUGCCCGGCUCUGGAAGGGGGAAAGGGGUAAAAACUUACCUUUUUCCAGCACUGGGCGGGGAGCUCUCUGCCUCCGAUCCUCCUCCUCUCCGCCCAUUCGGCUGAAUGCGCACGCGCGGCAAGAGCUGCGCGCGCAUUCAGCCGGUCGCAUAGGAAAGCAUUUACAAUGCUUUCCUAUGGACGCUUACGUGCUCUCACUGUGAUUUUCACAGUGAGAAUCACGCAAGCGCCUCUCUCACUGUGAUUUUCACAGUGAGAAUCACGCAAGCGCCUCUAGCGGCUGUUAAUGAGACAGCCACUAGAGGCUUUGGGGGAAGGCUUAACCCAUUAAUAAACAUAGCAGUUUCUCUGAAACUGCUAUGUUUCUAAAAGAAUGGGUUAACCCUAGCUGGACCAGGCACCCAGACCACUUCAUUAAGCUGAAGUGGUCUGGGUGCCUAGAGUGGUCCUUUAAGUUUUAAAGAAAACUAUAGCAGACAGGAAAAAAUGAAGAACAGAUCCUGAAAGAGGGAGAGAAGAGGAAUCGAUUGGGGAAAGGUAAGUUCGCAUGACAGUGCCGCUUUAACAGUGAAUUGUGACAGAGUUACAAAACUGUUGAUUAGGAAAACAACAACUGUAUUCAAUAUCAUACCUAACCAUGGACAUUUCAAAAGGACAUUUUUUUUUACAAUUCUUUAUUUUAGUGGUGCAUUGCAAAGACAUAGUUGGUAUAGAACAAUUGUGCAAACUGCAGGUAAAAGGAUUGUACAUUGACAUUGCUAUAACAUGGCACCUUUUUUUACAUUAUAAAAUAAAGUUCAACAUUUGGGUUGUAUCUGAGAGGGGUUGCAAGAUAAGGUGACUGUUAGAUGAGGAAAAGCUCUCUGGCGCUCACAUGCAUUGGGUUGUUAAUAUGCUCGAAGGUCUAUGUCUAGAGCAGCGUUUUCCAAUUGGUGUUGCCGAUCGGGUGGCCCAAGCAUCUAGGGCCACCCGAUGGGUACCGCCAAACAGGGGUCGGGUCAGGCGCCACAGCUAUUUAAAAACUCGACCGGACCCCUGUAGCAUGGAUUACUGGGAGUAACUGACAGACUGUCACUUCCUCCCAGACUGAGCGCGCUGAGCAAGACGGUAAGAAUGAGCAGCAGUGAGGAGUGAGCAGUACACCAGCCUCAGCCAGCAGCCUGCAGCACUCCAAGCAAGUCACCCUCCUGCAGGAAAAAAG